UCAUUUUAUACCUAACGUUAUCCAAUCCAAGUUAAAUGCUUUCCUUUAAAUACUAUAAAAAUGUAAAUUCUUUGGCUAAACUUAUUGAUGGCAACCUUGUGUCAAAGCAGAUUAAAGAAAAUCUAAUUGUUGAAGUUUUUAAAUAUAAGCAGUUAUAUAAUAAAACCCCAGUUUUAGCAAUACUUCAAGUAGGUGACAGACAAGAUUCUAAUGUUUAUAUAAGAAUGAAAUUGAAAUCUGCAGAAGAAGUUGGUAUAAAUGCUCAAUUGAUGAAAUUGCCAAAAAAUAUAACAGAAGCCCAACUUUUAUCAAAUAUCAAUAAAUUGAACAAUGAUUCUGAUAUUCAUGGCAUAAUCUUACAAUUGCCAAUAGAUUCUUCAAAUAGCAUUGACACAGAUCAUGUUUUAGCUCAAAUAUCUAUUGAUAAAGAUGUUGAUGGCUUGCAUCCAUUCAAUAAUGGUCAACUGUCGCAUGGUGUAACGAAAGAUGUAUUCCUACCUUGCACUCCUAAUGGAUGUAUUCAUCUCAUCAAAUCUACUGGCUGUGAUAUAGAAGGCAAAAGAGCCGUUGUGAUAGGGCGUAGCAGAAUAGUGGGAGGACCAAUGGCUCAGCUCUUGAUCUGGAACAAUGCUACGGUCACUGUAUGCCAUUCACGCACUCGUGACAUACCCGAUAUAGUAAGACAAGCUGAUAUAUUAGUCGCAGCUCUAGGAAAACCUGAAUUCGUUAAAGGGGACUGGAUUAAGCCAGGGGCCAUUGUUAUAGAUUGUGGGAUCAAUCCUAUACCCGAUGAUACCAAGAAAUCAGGAUACAGACUGGUUGGCGAUGUUGAUAUUGAAGAGGUGGCUCAAGUGGCUUCUUGGAUAACACCCGUUCCUGGUGGAGUGGGACCUAUGACCGUUUGUAUGUUAUUAAAAAAUACUAUAGAUGGUGCUUUUAGAUAUGCCCAAAAGUAUUAUGAUAAGGAUAACACUUUAGACGAAUCCUUAAUCGAUAUCAGCGGGGAUAGCAUUCCAAUCCACAAACUUAAUAUCGAAGAAACCAUUGCAAACGGUGGAGAUUGUGAAAUAAAAAGUGCUCAGUGAAAAUUGUGAAUUAACCAGAUCAAGAAUGAUAUAUAACAAUAAACCCUUUGUGAUAUCUUAUAUAAUUUUAUAGAAAACUAUAAUAAAAUAAACAAUUAUUGUAUUUUAAAAAAUUGAUCAUAUAUUUUGAAAAUUAGUCUGCAGGUCAUUUAGAGUUACUUA